AUGGCGGGUGUAAGCAGCUGCAUGAAGUACUCCAUGUUCAUCUUCAACUUCUUAUUUUGGGUGUGUGGUUCCAUUAUUUUGGGAGUUUCUAUAUGGAUACGUGUUAGUAAAGGUGCUCAGCAGGAGUUGGAGAUAGACAGCAGCCUGUUUGCAGGGGUUGAUCUGCUGAUAGCCGUGGGCUCCGUUAUUAUGGUCCUUGGGUUUCUGGGGUGCUGUGGUGCCAUAAAGGAGAGCCGGUGCAUGCUGCUGUUGUUUUUUAUUGGACUGCUUCUGAUCCUGAUCCUUCAGGUCACAGGAGGUAUUUUAGGAGCAGUGUACAGAUCUCAGAUUGAAACAUCUCUGAACAAGACUCUCCUGGCAAGUGUGGGUUCAUUGCAAAGCUCUACAGAAGAAUCUAAAGCAUUUCAAGAGAAAUUCCAGAAGUUUGAGAGAACGAACAAGUGCUGCGGUUUGCUGCAUGGACCUGAAGACUGGGGAAAAAAUUUUGCUAGUAAUAAAAUCUGUGAGUGUGAAUCAAACGACUCAUCAACAGACAUCUGCACCGUCUUUCAAGACAGAUAUGUUUAUAAAACGCCUUGUGGAAAUGUGAUUGUCAAAUACCUUAAAGACCAUCUGCUCAUAAUUAUGGGGAUUGCCUUUGGACUGGCCGUUAUUGAGAUACUCGGUUUGGGGUUUUCUAUGAGCCUCUACUGCCAGAUCCAGAGAAAAUGA